AAUUGUCGAGUUGCUCAGUAUGACACGAUAGCUUGUAUGAUAUGCGAAGAACAUCAAGCUGGGGGGGAGGCUGGUCUAUGGCGAGUCGCAGCAUCUCUGGAGUGAGUCAUCAUCAUUUCUCAUUCAUCAUCGUGAAUGGGCGGUGGUUUCGAGGACACACAGCCGGAGAAAAGGAGAAGAAGAAGAAAAGCUGCUCCACGCCUCUGGUUUCGAGCUCGCAACGACCCGCCACGUCAUUUUCUAUCAGCCAGCGGCGGCCGUUUGUAUAGGGAGUCUGAACAAACACCUGAGGGCACGACACAGGAUUACCCCCGGGAACUCUGCUUGGCCGCGACCAUCCUCGGAUGCAUGCUUUGUCUUCUUGCCACUAUAGCAGUAGAAUUCCUGGCUGUCUUUGAGUGUACGGGUUUUGCCCCUUUAUUUUCACCUACCAGGGGAGAAACAGAUACACACACACACACACAAAACACUCUAGCCGUGUCAGGAUUUGCAGCAGGCAUGAAGGGGAGGGAUGCCGGAAACCUGCACGUGUGCUUAAAGACAGCAGGCUGCAUGCUAAUGAUCUCGGUCCACGACUAUGAUUUCGUGCCUUGUCCCCUGGGCCGGAGGCGCGUGCGACGUUGAUGCGUUGGUCCGGUCCAGUAAGUCACACGCAUGGUCGAGGUAUUGUUUGGCAGCGGCAGAAGUGCCGGCUGCCUCCGCUGCAGGUCGUCGUCAACUGAUUGCGCACGGAGCCUGGAGUGCUCGAGGAUGGAAAGCAACUUGUUCGACAUGCCGUCUGCCUAGUCCACGCCAGCACAGGACAUCGACUCGGUGCUCUUUGCCUCGGCACGGCGACGCCAGUACACGUGGCCAUCGAUAUCUCGUCGCUGGCCAGCGUCGAAGUCUCUACUAGUGGAGAAUCUGAGGAGGCGAAGGCAACCAUAUCAAUCAAGGAGUCGGACAAGAUCGGCCGUUGUCGCGAGGCGAAC